UAACUUUGAUCACCCAGUCAGCAUAACAUAACAACACGAUGGUGCUACACACCGUCUGGGUGGCUCUGCUGGCGUGCUGGGUCCUGUCUGGACUCCAUCAGGGGGACUUGAUAUUCCGCUGUCCGAGCUGCACGGCAGAGCGCCAGGCCGCCUGUCCGAGGCUUGUCGCUAGCUGUGUGGAGAUGGUGCGUGAACCGGGCUGCGGCUGCUGUCCGGUGUGUGCCCGUCUUGAGGGGGAGCUGUGUGGCGUCUACACCCCGCGCUGCUCCACCGGGUUGAGGUGCUACCCUAGCGCCGACUCGGUGCUGCCGCUGGAGCAGCUCGUUAAAGGGUUGGGCCGGUGCUCGCGCAAAGUGGACCUGGAACCAACGGCGGGUCAGGAAUACCUGGACGCAAGUGUGGAGGUGCCGACCACUGACAGCCCUGUGUACUUGAGGCCUCCGCUGGAGAGCUCCAGGCUGCGGGGGAAGGCGGCCGCUGUGCUGCAGUACCACAACGACAUCAAGACCCGCAUGAAAAUCAACUGCCCAGAAAUACCCAGGGGCCACACCCAGCCUCAGAGCCCGUGCCAGCAGGAGCUCAGCAGGGUGCUGGAGCACAUCUCCAGGAUGACCUUCCAGGACAAUAGGGGCCUGCUGGAGAAUCUCUACAAGCUCAAAUUCCCCAACUGUGACAAGCAUGGUCACUAUAACCUCAAACAGUGCAACAUGUCCACCCACGGCCAGAGGGGAGAGUGCUGGUGCGUGGACCCCGUAACAGGGCUUCACAUCCCCACGUCCCCCCGGGUGAGAGGAGAUCCCAACUGCAGCAUGUACCUGGAGGAGCAGGAGACCCCCCCGACCCCAGCCCUCCUGCAGGAGUGACCCCCCCACCCCAGCCCUCCUGAAGAAGUGACACCUCAACUGCCCCCGCUCUGCAUCCGCUCAUUCAGUCCCCGACAACACCAUUUCCUUUGUGUGUUUACUUGAAGAAUGUGUACGUAUCAACUCACUCUGAGGCAACAUAUGAUAUUAAAGCUUAAAAGAGAACCCUAUUAAUAACCAUCGUCAUCCCAAUUAAUGUCCUAACGAUAAACGUGGUGAAAUCCUGGUCAAUAUGUGAGUGCUGCACACACACUUUGUGUUUGUGUGCAGCAGCUAUGCCUCCUGCUAUUCAUAGGUGCGGUCCUGAGAGUUGUAUGGAUGCCUGAAUUUACACAAUGCUAAUCACGGGGCUGCCUUGCAUGGGAUACGACUGCUUCACCAGGCAGCCUAAAACUGGCAUGAGUGCAGCUGCUUGGACUUGUGGCAUGUAACGUUCAGCCCUCUCACCACAGCCCAGUCAGUAGGUGUUGAAUUCACAAAGUACCCCCAAAGCCCUUGACAUAAAACAACCCUGCCUGCAUGUAUGACAUUUUACUAUCAUUCAAGAGAUUUAAAUGAUGUCGUACAUGUAUAAAUACAUCUGUCACGUUACCAGAAAUGAUAGAAUUAUGAGCUCCAGUAAGAUAAGCGUUUGUUUACCUCAGUACUAAGGUUUAACAGUUCCUCUGUGAAUGUGUGUAGGUUUCUGGUGAGGCACACCUCAUGCGAUCAUGGUUACGCUUUCUUCUACAUCAAGCAGCAGCGGGAGAGAGACGCAGAGCGCAUGUA